CCUCAAUCAACAAAUAAUGAUAUAAUUCAGUAGCUGUUCCUGAUAUCUCUUUUGGGUUAUGUAUUGCGUUUAAUUUUCAUUCUUUCUUUUUGUUACCACCACCUCUGCCCUCACUCUCAUUUAUCUUUUCGUCCACGUUGAUCGUGAUCGCGAUUCACAUUCGUUUUUUUAUCACUUCUUCUACAUUCGUUUUAUUCAUUCGACCAGGUGUCGAAUACUAUCAAUCGGUUCUUUUCAUUCUUUUUCUUGGUCAUUCUUUUGUUCUUUGUGUUUCAGAUUUCGAUAUGGUUCAUCUCACUGCCCGAUUAGCCCUUCUAUUCUGCAUUGCUUCUCAAGCUUCUGCACUAUAUUUCAACAGACCCGAUGAAAGCACUUCAGCAUCCGUAACUUCAGCUUCAAGUUCAGUCUCAGCCUCGGCUUCAACAUCAACAUCGACAUCUGCACCCAUACCACAAUCCACAACUGUCUCACCUCUAGGUUCAGCUACAGACGUCUUUAUUGAAGGUGGUGCAUGUCGUGCAUCAUGGAUUCCAGACAAGAGUGGUGCAACGACAUGGAAAAACAUGACGAUCGAUCUGAUGACGGGAUCAAACUUACAAAUGACAAAAUUGGGAACGGUGACGAGUAAUAUCGACGGUACAAAUCCUAAUUUGACUUCGUUCAAUUAUACUUGUCCACAAGUUACACCUAAUUCGGCAAUUUACUUUUUACAGUAUUCACAUGAUGGCGGAAAAGAUCCUACUUGGACAACAAGAUUUGCCAUUGCUGAUCAAGCAGGAAAUGUCACUCCACCUCCAAACGCAAAUCAACCACAAGGUGGAUCACCGGCAAUUCCAUGGGGUGAAGGUGCACUCGUAUUGAACAAUACGCCCACAGCCACACCUUCCUCUACCGCACAAGCUUCUCUGAUCACAAAAUCUGCUUCUGCUACCAACACAAUGAAUGCUCAACAAUCUCUAGCGAACAAGUUCAGCUCAAUGUUAAGCAAUGAUCGUUCAAAUUCGUAUCAAAGCAUCAAUGCUGCCUCUGAUGUUCGAUCGAAUUUCGUUCAAAGCACUUUUGUUCUUUCGACUGUUUUGCUCUUUGUGUUUGCCCUUUGAUGCAUUUAUUAUGUUUAUCAAUCAAUAUCCUGUUGCUGUUUGUGAGUUUGUCUGAUUGGUAAUCAAAAAUU